AUGGAUGAGGAGAUCAUCUACGACAAUUACGGCGACACCUACGGGGACAACUAUGUAGAUAGCUACGUUGAUUAUGAGACCUUUCCCGAGGACGACUGGAACAAUGCGGAUUAUACGCAGUACUAUGGCGCGGCUGAAAACGAAGGAAUCGAUAUCUUUAUUCCCCUGCUGCUGUUUACAUUGCUCGGUAUCUAUCUUGUCUACAACCGAUACCACACCAUCCGCAACCGGCCCGUUCGCUUCUCUAUUCCCGCUCCCGACGCGUCCUUUAUCAACUGGCGUUCGCUCAUUAUCCCCAAUCCUAAUUUGAUGUCACAUCAAGAUGACCCUAUGCUAUUGCCUAGCCACUCGGAUCCAGCAUGGAGAGAUAUGGUUCAGACUGAUGGAAGUGAAGCUGAAAUUGUCACCGAAAGAAAGUUUGUCACGAGUUUCGAUCCUAGCACAGGGCAACAUAUAGCUACCAUUCCGUGCGACCGGCCAAUUGAAAUUCAUCAUAAAAUUCAGUUGGCUCAGCGGGCACAGACUUAUUGGGCACGGUCUUCUUGGGUUGAGCGUCGACGGGUUUUGAGGUCUCUCUUGCGCUGGACUAUUGAUGAGAAGGAAACUAUUGCUCGCGUUUGUUGUCGUGAUACUGGAAAGACAAUGGUUGAUGCUGCGUUUGGUGAAAUUCUUACCACUUGCUCCAAGGCCACUUGGCUCAUCAAGAAUGGCGAAAAGACACUCCGAACCGAGCGACGAAGCGGCAAUAUCCUUCUCGCGCACAAAGUUUCUACCGUGCAGUACGAGCCUCUUGGGGUCGUGUCUGCCAUUGUCUCUUGGAACUAUCCAUUCCAUAACGUGAUGUCACCUAUCAUGGCAGCUUUGACCGCCGGAAACGGAAUCGUUAUCAAAUGUUCUGAACACGUCGCCUGGUCUUCCCGUUACUUUGUCGCCGCCGUUCGUGAAUGUCUUCGUGCCUGCCGAUGGGAUCCCGAUCUCGUCCAGUUGGUUGUUUGCCUACCUGAAGAUGCUGAAUCUUUGACUACUUCUCCUCUAAUUCGGCACAUUACUUUUAUCGGCUCUGAGGAGGUUGGCCGUCGUGUCGCCAUUGCAGCUACUACCCAUCUCACUCCCUGCACUCUCGAACUCGGUGGCAAAGACCCAGCAAUUGUCCUGCCAGGAACUGACGUGAUGAAAUGGGCAGGUUUGUGGAUGCGUGGGGUUUUCCAAGCUUCGGGACAAAAUUGCAUUGGGAUCGAGCGGUUUAUUGUUCACUCAUCGGUGUAUCCUCAGUUCAUGGCCGAGAUGGACAGGCGCAUCAAGCUGCUCAGGACUGGUAGUGUGUUGAAUGCUAGCGCUGAAGGGUUUGUCCAAAUCGUUGAUGUUGGUGCCCAGAUCUCUAGCGCACGAUUUGCGGAACUCGAACGUCUGGUCCAAGCCGCGGUUGAAGAUGGUGCAGAUCUUGUAGUUGGAGGUGGACGCUGGCGCAACCCCUUCCUCGAAGAGGGAUUGUACUUCUCACCUACUUUGCUCGGAAAUGUUAGUGACCAGAUGGAAAUCGCUCAGACAGAAGUAUUCGCCCCGAUUAUGUUGGUCAUGCCCUAUGAUACGGUCCCUGAAGCAAUCGAGAUCGCCAACUCGACACGCUAUGGUCUUGGUGCUAGCGUUUGGGGACCUGACGAAACGCUUUGCGCGCACGUGGCUAGAGAACUAGAGUGUGGUAUGGUUUCGGUCAACGACUUUGGUGUCUUCUACUUGAACCAAGACCUUCCAUUUGGUGGUGUCAAGGCAUCUGGAUACGGACGUUUCGGUGGUCCCGAAGGCUUGCGAUCGCUCACGAAUCCAAAGGCUGUCAUUGUCGACAAGUGGCCGUGGUUGAUUAGGACUCAGAUUCCACGGGUGCUGGACUAUCCUAUCGGAAGCUUGGUCAAGAGCUGGGAAUUCGUGUCGGGUCUUACAAACUUUGCGUGGGGCGACUCGUACAAGGAGCAAUUCGAUGGGCUGGUCAAGCUCGCACGGGCAGCUCGUCAGCAAUAA